UGGCUUAUGACAUGGCAGGAAAUUUCUUAACGCGCGCAAUUACUGCCUUCCUGCCUCUUUCCCCCAUUUUCCUCUGCUCUCACAGCUGCAGAGCACUUCAAGGCUCUGUGAAAGGGGGAUUUUGGACGUGAACCGGCCAUCAAGAUUCAACUUUUACCCCGUUACCUCUGUCUAGACCGAAGACAUUCAUCUGUCUGCCUGUUACUAGAGAGGAGCUUUGGAGAGACUCCUCUAAGAGCAAAGCUAUAUAUAAACAUUGACAUCUACAAAUUGAGUGAAUUUGCCCAAGGAAUUAUUAUUUCAAUAUCCAGAAAAGACAACUAGGCUUGACCACCAGGAGAAGUUUAAAUUGGAUUCGCUAAGUCCAGUAAAAGUCAAUCGUUAAAGUUUCUCAAGUCACAACCCCAGCAACCAGAAUGGAGCUUCAGAAGAUGAACGGACAUAGCAGGGAAGAUGGGUUUGAUGGGCUGGACGCCAUGGCUGAACACGAGGAGUUUCUCCCACAUAAAACUGGUGGCAAGAAAGAAAUCCACUUUACGGACUUCGAGGGAAAGACUUCAUUUGGCAUGUCCAUCUUUAACCUCAGUAACGCCAUAAUGGGCAGUGGAAUUCUGGGAUUGGCUUUUGCGAUGUCCAACACCGGAAUCAUUCUUUUUUUAGUCUUGCUGGUGUUCAUUGCCAUUCUGUCUGCGUAUUCGAUUCACCUCCUGCUGAGAAGUGCUGGAGUUGUUGGGAUCCGGGCCUAUGAGCAGCUUGGAAAUCGGGCAUUUGGCCCCCCAGGAAAAAUGCUGGCUGCCUGCGUCAUUACAGUACAUAACAUUGGAGCAAUGUCCAGCUAUCUCUUCAUCAUCAAGUCUGAGCUCCCAUUGGUUAUUCAAGCUUUCCUUGAUAAAGAAAACACAGGAGAGUGGUUCUUGAAUGGAAACUACUUGAUCAUCAUUGUUAGUGCUUUCAUCAUCCUUCCUCUAGCACUCAUGAAACAACUUGGUUACCUGGGCUAUACAAGUGGCUUCUCCCUCUCUUGUAUGGUGUUCUUCCUCAUUUCGGUUAUCUACAAGAAAUUCAACAUCUCAUGUCCACUGGAGGAUUUACAUCAUAACGAUAGCUCCAUUGCUGCCCACCACGCUCCCACUAAUGUGACAGAAGACUUCUGUGAAGCCAAGAUGUUUACCAUCAACUCACAGACAGCGUACACUGUCCCAAUCCUGGCCUUUGCUUUUGUCUGCCACCCGGAGGUGCUACCAAUCUACACUGAACUACGAGAUGCCACCAAGAAGCGUAUGCAGAGUGUUGCCAACAUCUCCAUCCUGGCCAUGUUUGUCAUGUACCUGCUGACUGCUCUUUUUGGUUACCUUACCUUCUAUGGUGCUGUGGAGUCAGAGCUGUUACACACCUACAGUCGUGUGGGCUCAGGGGACGUCCUGAUUCUCUGUGUGCGUCUGGCUGUGCUGGUGGCUGUCACUCUUACCGUCCCUGUGGUUCUCUUCCCGAUCCGCAGAGCUUUGCUCCAGAUCCUGUUCCCCGACAAGCCUUUCCACUGGGUCAGACACAUCGCCAUUGCUUUCUGUCUCGUCUUCAUCGUCAACCUACUCGUCAUCUUCGUGCCGUCCAUCCGCGACAUCUUCGGUAUAAUCGGAGCCACAUCUGCACCCAGCCUCAUCUUCAUCCUACCUGGAAUCUUCUACAUCCGGAUUGUUCCUGAAGAGCAGGAACCUUUACUGUCCAGACCCAAGAUUCAGGCCACAUGCUUUGCUGCAUUGGGAUUCAUCUUUAUGGUGAUGAGUUUGUCGUUCAUCAUCACCGACUGGGUGACCGGAGAGUCCAGAAGUGGAGGUGGACACUAGCUCCGGUGACCGAUCGAGAGAAACCCUGAGACAUAAUGCCAACCAAAGCUCCCUGUCAUUAAAUUACCCCUGAUCUGCUGAGUCCUCAUCCAAAGCCAAACAGGAAAAUUUGGCUGCACAAGACGAAGCAAAUGUGAAGGACCCUUCGCCUACAAUCAAAUAAAAUAAACAAAUAAAAUAAAUCAUUUUUGACACAAGGCAGAUAAAAGGUCCUGUACUGGAGGUGCGAACACAGAUACAUGAGAGUACAAGGCAGUGUGUUCUGACUGAAUAAAACCUGUGUCACAGGUCGCAGCAAGGAUGUUGUUUGGAGGCAUGUGUAGAAAAUGCAAAAGACAGAAAAGGAGUAACAGCAUAAAGAAUGAAUGGGAACAGCAUGACUCAAAUGGAAAUCCCAUUUUAGAGUAUGGAUGUGUAGAGUUCCCUGGAAUAGCUCAGUCACUGCCAAAAAUCCUUCCAGUCUACUUCCCUACCAUCUCAGAGUUAACAAGACAAGAAAAUUUUAAAAUGGCAGUCACGUCCUUUUGUUUUUAUCAAACAAAAUUUGUUUUACUUUGUUCAUUUAUCAGUUUUUAUUUCAUUAUACAUAUAAGACUGAAGUUCACAGGUUCAGCUAAAUGUGACCAGCUGGGAUUAGUCUGCAGUACCACGCUGACCAUUCCAGUCUACCAAAAACUUGUACAUGAAAUUGAAUUAAUGUGUUUAAUGUGAUAUUUUCUGUCAAUGUAUUCUGACACUUAACAUAACUGUUGUAAAGGUUCGUCUUCAAACCUGAGUCUGAGGUGACCUUUUAUAAGCAAUCCGACAGAUACAGUGUAAUUUGUAGGGUUUUAGCUGCUAUUCAUGGAGGUCAAACGGACAGUUACUGACAAUCACAUACACAAGUGUUUUUUAAAUGUGUCCCUGAAAACGUCCACAGCUGCAAACCAAAGAACAUAUUUAUUGUGUCACAUUAAGUUGGGAUGUAACUGAUAAUGUUUUUUUUGUUUGUUUGUUUUUUUUUUUUUUUGUUUUUUUUUACUAUGUUCGGCAAAGGCAGUUAAAAAUUGUGCAUAUAAAAAUCCAGUGUUAAAAAUGCUGCAUCUCUUUCAGCAACCCCAGAAACUGUUCAACUGUGCGAUGAAUAAUAAUCUCUGGAUUCUAAGUUAAAACGAAUGGAUUCUUUUCUCUUUUUUGUCUUUAAAAUUUGUUAUUCAUCCUGUAUAUUUUUAAAUUAAUUUGAAUGUUGUUAUCUGUCAAUAAAAUAUGUCUUUCAGUUUUUA